AUGGGGGUUGUUCCAGAGGUGGAGGUUGUCAAACCUGACUGUCCUCAGAUCCCCAGGUGCUGUGGUCAGUGCCACCUCUUCACUGUCUGCUCGUGCUUUCUCCUGGCAGAUGUCAACGAGUGCGCCACGGAGAACGGCGGCUGCCACGACCGCUGCUGCAACACCGUGGGCAGCUACCACUGCAAGUGUCCAGCUGGCCAGAAGCUGGGGGAAGAUGGAAAAUCCUGUGGAGACGUGGAUGAGUGCGAGGUGCUGAACGGGGGCUGCCAGCAGGGCUGUGCCAACACCCAGGGCUCCUUCCAGUGCCAGUGCCGGGCGGGAUUCCGGCUGCACGCCGACGGGCGCACCUGCAUCGCUGUCAAUUCCUGCAGCAUUAACAACGGGGGCUGUGAGCAGGACUGUGUUCAGCUCAGUGAGGACCACUACAAGUGCCAGUGCCAGCCAGGCUACCAGCUGAAGACAGAUGCCAAAUCCUGUGAAGGAACGAGUUUCUCUGUGCUUGCAGAUGUCGAUGAGUGUGCAGAGGGCAGAGGCAGGUGUGCCCAUCGCUGUGUGAACACCCCGGGCUCCUUCAGCUGUGCCUGCAGCCCCGGCUUCGAGCUGGGGGCGGACGGGCGGCAGUGCUACCGCAUCGAGAUGGAAAUCGUGGACAGCUGCCGGGACGGGAACGGCGGCUGCUCGCAGCGCUGCGAGCACACGGCGGCCGGGCCGCGCUGCUCCUGCGACCGCGGCCACCGCCUGGGCACGGACGGCAAAACCUGCACAGAGGUGGACGAGUGUGAGACUGGAGAGUCCUGCUGCUCCCAGUUCUGCAUCAACUACGUGGGGGGCUACGAGUGCGCCUGCAAGGCAGGGUUCCAGCUCAGCACCGACGGCUGCUCCUGCGACGGUGAGCCAGGGAUGGGCUGGGCUGGAAGGGGCCGUAAAUCCCAUCUCAUCCCACCCCUGCCAUGGGCAGGGACACCUUCCACUAUCCCAGGUGGCUCUAAGCUCUGUCCAACCUGGCCUGGGGGAUGGGGCAGCCACAGCUUCUCUGGGCAACCAGGGCCUCACCACCCUCACAGGGAUGUGGAUGAAUGUCGUGUGGAUAACGGCAACUGUGACCAUUUCUGUGUGAAUUCCCUGGGGUCGUACGAGUGUGCCUGUAAGGAGGGCUACAGGCUUGGGGAUAGCAGAUGGGCCUGCGUGGCCCUAGGUGUGGAGGAGGCGGAUGCAGAGGAGGCAGCCCCGGGGCUGCACUUCCGAGGGCCCCCCCAGCUGCUCCGCUACGCGCUGGGGUCCCUGGCCGAGGAUGGAGACCCCCGAGGAGAGCUCACCCUGGUGCACAGGGUCGUGUGCCUGGGUGACACGUUUGGCCAGGACUGCAGCCUGAGGUGUGAGGAUUGUCUGCACGGGGGCCGCUGCAACAGCGAGCGCAGCGGCUGCGUCUGCCCGCCCGGCUGGGCUGGGCUCACCUGCAACGAGACCUGUCCCCCCGGGACGUUCGGCAGAGGAUGUGCCGGUGUGUGCCGGUGCCGGAACGGCGGCUCGUGCGACCCCGGCACGGGGCAGUGCCGCUGCCCGCCUGGCGUGCUGGGCCAGCUCUGCGAGGACGGUUGCCCAAAAGGUUUCUUUGGGAAGAACUGCAACAAGCCAUGCAACUGUGCCAACAAGGGCCACUGCCACAGGCUGUACGGAGCCUGCCUGUGUGACCCCGGGCUCUACGGCCGCUUCUGCCACCUCACCUGUCCCAGGUGGGCUUUCGGCGCGGGCUGCUCGGAGGAGUGUCAGUGUGUGAAGGAGCACACGCUGGAGUGCAGCCCCAGGAACGGCUCCUGCACCUGCCAGCCCGGAUACCACGGCAAGAAGUGUCAGAAAGAGUGCACCCCAGGGUUUUAUGGGGCUGGUUGCAAACUGAGGUGCAGCUGUCCUCCUGAUGUUCCGUGUGAUCCUGAGACAGGAGCCUGCAAACAUCCGUGUCCAGCUGGCUUUCAUGGAGAAAAAUGCCAUUUGUCUUGUCAGCCUGGCAGCUUCGGGACGGGCUGCAGGCAGAGGUGCAGCUGUGGAGGAGCCCCGUGUGACCAGAAGACAGGGCAGUGUGUUUGCCCAGCUGGGAAGACUGGUGCUAUGUGUGAGCAAGAUUGCCCAGAUGGCCAGUGGGGACCAGACUGCCAGAACUCCUGCGAGCCCUGUGCCAACGGGGGACAGUGCAACAGGGAAACUGGAGCCUGUGACUGUCCCCCUGGCUACACUGGGCCAUCCUGCUCUGCCACGUGCCCCGACGGGCACUACGGGCCGAGCUGCCUGUCGCUGUGCAGCUGUGGCAGCAGUGCUCAGUGUCACCACGUCACUGGAGAGUGCUCCUGUCCCCCGGGCUGGACUGGCCACGACUGCAAACACCCCUGCAGCAGCGGCCGCUGGGGCCGGGGCUGCGCCAACUCCUGCGCCUGCGACGGCGGCGACGGCGGCUGCGACCCCGCCACGGGCACCUGCUCCUGCCAGCCGGGGUUCACCGGGCAGCGCUGCCAGCUCAGGUGCCCUGAGGGGAGCUUUGGCCCGGGCUGUGAGUCCAGCUGUCAGUGCCAGAACGGAGCUGCCUGCGACCACGUCAGCGGAGCCUGCACCUGCACAGCGGGCUGGACAGGAACCUUCUGUGAAAGAGCUUGUCCAGACGGAUUCUUUGGGAUUGACUGCCACCAGGUGUGCAAGUGCAAGAAUGCUGCUGGCUGUGACCCCGUGCUGGGCUCCUGCCGCUGCCUGCCGGGCUGGCUGGGGGAGAGCUGCGAGCAGCCCUGCCAGGGGAACACCUAUGGGCCGGGCUGCAGGAACACUUGUCACUGUCACAACGGAGCUCUCUGUCACCACGUAACCGGGACGUGCCUUUGCAGCCCGGGCUGGAAAGGAGCCACCUGCCAAGAAGCCUGUCCCCCCGGAUGGUACGGAGAGAAUUGCCUGCAGCGCUGCCUCUGCCACGGCCAGGCCACCUGUGACCCCGUGAGCGGCGAGUGCCAGUGUCCCCAAGGCUGGACAGGGACAGCCUGUGAGCUGGAGUGUGGGGACGGGCAGUUUGGAGAGGGCUGUGAGCAGAACUGCAGCUGCCACCACGGCGUGUGUGACCAGCCCUCAGGGAAGUGCCUCUGCCACGCCGGCUGGACCGGGGACCGCUGUGAUGUUGCCUGCCCCCCGGGAUUUUUCGGCCAGCGCUGCGAGGAGCGGUGUGACUGCGCCCACGGCUGGUCCUGCCACCCCCAGACCGGAGCGUGUCACUGCGAGAGCGGGUGGCGAGGGAGGCACUGUGACAAACCCUGCCUGCCGGGCCGCUACGGCGCGGGAUGUGCCCGGCGGUGCCGCUGUCCCCCAGGAAGGCCCUGCCAUCACCUGACGGGCGCCUGUGGAUGUCCCCCGGGAUUCACCGGCCACGGCUGCGACAAGACUUGUCCACCGGGCACGUAUGGGCAGGACUGUCACGGAGUGUGCCAGUGCUCUGCUGAAAAUCAGGAGUGUCACCCUGUCACCGGCCUCUGCUCCUGCAGCCCGGGCUACCACGGGGCCCACUGCCACCUCCGGUGUCCAGAAGGUACUUACGGUUCAAACUGCCAAAAUCUCUGUAAGUGCAUGAACGGAGGCCGCUGUGACCCUGUGUCAGGAACGUGUGAUUGCGCUCCCGGGUUCAUCGGAGCCAACUGCAGCAAGACUUGCCCUGGGAGCCGGUAUGGGAAGGACUGUGCCCAGUUCUGUGCCUGUGGCAGAGGCCAGUGUGACCCCCAGACUGGCGAGUGCUCCUGCGCCCCCGGCCACACGGGCCCUGCCUGUCAGCAAGUGUGUCCCCAGGGACAGUAUGGCCCCAACUGCCAGCUGGCCUGUACCUGUCAGAACGGUGGCAUCUGUGACCACGUGGAUGGCAACUGCACCUGCGGGCCCGGCUGGACUGGAAGAUCCUGUGAGAAAGAGUGCCUCCCAGGGAAGUACGGGGCUGGCUGCUCCUUGGACUGCCUGUGCCAGCACAAUGGCACCUGUGACAGGUUCACGGGGUGCUGCAGGUGCCCCGAGGGUUUCUACGGCCGCUCCUGUGAGCACAGGUGCCCCCCUGGAUUUUAUGGGCUGGGAUGUCUCCAGGCCUGUGCCUGUAAAAAUGGAGCGAGCUGUGAUGCAGUGACAGGACAGUGCCUUUGUCCUUUGGGUUAUCAUGGUGUCCACUGUGAAAAAGGCUGUGACAGGGGCUGGUUUGGUGAGAGGUGCCAGCAUCAGUGUGACUGUGGAGAUGCUCCCUGUGAUCCAGAGACUGGGAAGUGCCUUUGCCCGCCUGGGAAGACUGGAGACAAGUGUGACAUUGGGUGCAGGCCGGACAGGUAUGGCCCCGGCUGCUCCCUGCGGUGCCAGUGUGCCGGCAGAUCCCGCUGCAAUCCCCACAACGGGAGCUGCGCCUGCCCCAGCUCCUGGAUGGGCCCAACCUGCAGAGAAGGUGGCCCUCCAAAGCUUCCUUUUUAUGAAGAGCAAGCUCAAGAAAGAGGGAGUAUUUUUCCAAGAGCUCUACAACAGUAACAUUUGGACUAAUAAAUGAACUGUUUUAUAUGCACAGACGGUAUUUGAAUUUGGAUAUGAAAACAGUUAUUCAAUUCAGCUUGAAUUGUACUGAAGUAUUCACACUUCUUAUGGAAGACUACAGAGGCCAUUUAGUAGCUGGAUCCUUUUAAAAAGUUGAAUCUGUUUCAUGUGCUCAUUCCUAGCCUCCUGCCCCUCCAUUAAUCUACUCUGGACAUUCUUUCUGGUAUUAAUAUAAUUCAUUGCUUGAAAGCCGGGACAUGUUUUUAAUCAGACCAGCUCCAAAGAGUAUCAUGAUAAGCAGCGUGUAACACAUCACCAUGGAAUGAGCCACACUCCAUAUCAGGGACUUUCUAAACCCACUUGACAACCAGCACCAAGUCUGAAGAGCGUUCCACAGAUUAUUUCUCUACAGAUUCACUGCAAAAUCACGUUGCACAGAAACUAGAGGGAUUCAUCAAGUUAAUUCCUCUUUGAAUAACACCGUGUGUCUAGAGAGUCAUGCAGUCUAAUUUUGAACUUGCAGCUAAAGAAGAAACUGCCACAAUCCAACAAGAGUCCUCAAUACACUGUAAAUUUAUUUAAGAGCAUCUCCUGCAUUUCUGGUGUGGUUUGACUAAUUGGAAGGUCUCUGUCUGAAUCUGUCUUCCAAAGAGUGUGGUGUCAUCUGCCAGACUCUCCUGGCAUUAUGUGUUCUCACAUCCUACCAGAUAAUUUUCUUGGUGGUUUGUCAAGCUGAACUGUGCAGCACUUCCCAUCAAACAGUAUCUGCUAAUGCAGAAAAGGUUUUGUCUUGAAUGGAGAAAGCAGAUAGUAAGCAGGGAGAGAUGCUUAAAGAUAAUAUUUUUGGGUUCUGUGCUUUUACUGAGUCUUUUUUUUUUUAAUCAUCUUAAAACAGUCCUGAUCCCAUUCAACAGCUGCUGGUGGCCACUUCGUAGAACAGAGACAUUUUGGUGCUAUUUUGUCUGAUUAGACAGGUUUACCUUUGACAUAG